GUCAUAAUCCCUUGGCCUGCUCUCUUAAAGUCCUAUCGUCCGGAAAAACGCUGAAUAAUAGCAGGCGGCCGUUGCGUCUCUCUAUCUAGCUCUUCCAUCACACAGCCCGAAAGGACAUUAUGAUCAAGAUGACUGUCGUCACCGUAAACCAAACCAGAUUGACAAAGUUCUUAUUUCACUCAUCAGUAGCUACACGCAUUGACCGUAUUUUUACAAAUCGAUAUUCCCCCUCUCCCCCGCCCCACUCGUCAUUCUUUUUGCUCUCACGUGCAAGUCGCAAAUACACAUUAGAUAUAUACACUAGGAGCCAAAAAUAAAAGCGGAACAACUAACAAUAAAGCAAAAGAUAUGUCUCGGAAAUGAAGUGAAAUGAAAGUCUUGAAUGAAUAAAUUUUCGAGGAAGAGGAUGAUCGCUUCGCGUCACGCGAGAGCUGUUGCAGAUAAGUGUCGCGUUAUAUCUUAUUUCAUUAUCUAGAGCGUUGCCUUCGAUUGUCACGCGCGGACAGUGCCUAGCUUAUCCGAUGUCGGCAACUGCUCUGUCGUUCAAAACUUUCGUCACAUACAAUUUUUUAUACAAUUUUUGCAAACGACCUUCGUUAGCAUUGUUCUCGAUGAUGGCCAACAAAACUGCUGUUUGUUUGCUGGCUGAGGGUGCCGAGGAAAUGGAAGCUAUCGUUACAGUUGAUAUUCUACGACGGGCAGGAGUUGCCGUGACCGUGGCGAGCAUUACUGAUAAAGAGUGCAUAAAAUGUAGUCGAGAUGUUAAAAUUUGCGCUGAUGCAAAAAUUGGCGAACUUCAGAACAAAAAGUACGAUGCUGUGAUUCUCCCGGGUGGAGUCGGUUGGAAAAACUUGGCUGCCUCUACGAAAGUUGGUGAAAUUCUCAAAGCUCAAGAAGCAGACAGCAAGGUCAUAGCAGCUAUUUGUGCUGCCCCGAAUGUACUAAAAGCACAUGGAAUUGCAAAAGGCAAAAAAUUAACUUCGUACCCAUCAGUUAAGAAUGACUUGACAGCUGAUUAUAGUUAUAUAGAUGAUCAAAUUGUUGUUACUGAUGGUAAUCUUAUUACCAGCAAAGGUCCUGCAACUGCUUAUGCAUUUGGAUUAGCAAUUGUGGAAAAAUUGGUUGAUAAAGCAACAGCUCUGAAAGUUGCUGAUCAACUGCUGUAUAAAGAUUACAAUUGAGAAUUUAAGUUACAAAUAAUUUCUUGUUUAACUUAAGUUUUUUGAUACACUUAAAAUUAAUUUAAAAUUAAUUUUUUCAAAGUACGUAAUUAUAGAAAAAGAAAUAUACAAAAUAUUAUAAAUCAGGUGGUUUUAUUACACGUAAAAAAAUCUAUGUAAUAAGUUUUGUGUGAAAUUACAUGUUAAAAUUAAAUUUUAAUACAUUACUUA